AAACCUCAUCAAGUCCAUCAUGUCUCGUCCCUCUGAUAUCCCCCACCGCCAAAUCCGCGCCUCCCACGACAAGGACCACAUCGUCGUCUACCAAGCCUACAAGCCCUCCAUCGCCUCCGCCGCGGUAAAAGCCCAGAAACUCAAUGCCUCGGAGGACUUUAGCCCCGACCGCAUGACCUGGAUCAAGCCCAGCUGGUGCUGGAUGAUGUACCGCAGCGGCUAUUCCUACAAAGACCCCAACCAGAGCAACAUCCUCGCCAUCAAGAUGAAGAUGGAGCACUUCCUGGAACUACUAAGACAAGGCGUCUUGUCAAACCACCCGUCAGAGCAUGCGCGCGUGGACAAGGAUAGCACCAACAAGACUGCGCACGAGAGGCCCUCGGACGUCAGAAUCCAGUGGGACCCGGAGCGGAAUGCGAGGUUGGAGGCUCUGCCGUAUCGCAGCAUCCAGAUUGGCAUACCCCCGAAUCUGGGCACAAAGUGGGUGGACGAGUGGAUUGUUGGGAUCGAGGACGUGACGGAGAGGGCGAGGGAGCUCAAGAGGGUGCUCGAGGAGGAGCCACAUAUUGGGGAGGAUGAGCUGGUCAAGAGGGGGCUUGUGCCUGAGGAGACGCCGGUGGAUGUGCCGGAUGAUAUCAUGACGAGGUUGGACAUGACUGUCCUGGGGGUGCCGGAGCUAUGA